AUUCUCACUCACAUCCCCCUUUCGUGUCGUUUCGGAUUUGGAGUGUUCGUGAAGAUGUCGCUGCUCUCGGAUCUCAUCAACCUCAACCUCUCCGACUGCACCAACAAGAUCAUCGCCGAGUACAUAUGGAUUGGGGGAUCCGGGAUGGACAUGAGGAGCAAAGCAAGGACUCUCUCUGGUCCUGUUAAUGAUCCUUCAAAGCUUCCUAAGUGGAACUAUGAUGGUUCCAGCACAAAGCAGGCUCCUGGAGAGGACAGUGAAGUGAUUUUAUAUCCUCAAGCAAUUUUCAAGGAUCCUUUCAGAGGGGGCAACAACAUUUUUGUAAUGUGUGAUGCCUACACUCCUGGGGGAGAACCAAUUCCCACAAAUAAGAGGUGUGCUGCUGCCAAGAUCUUCAGCCACCCUGCUGUUGAUGCCGAAGAGCCCUGGUAUGGACUUGAGCAAGAAUACACCCUAUUGCAGAAGGAUGUUAAAUGGCCUCUAGGGUGGCCUGUUGGUGGCUUUCCUGGUCCCCAGGGACCCUACUACUGUGGUGUUGGCGCUGAUAAAGCAUUUGGCAGAGAUAUCGUAGACGCUCAUUAUAAGGCUUGCUUGUAUGCUGGCGUUAACGUGAGUGGUAUAAACGGCGAAGUGAUGCCUGGCCAGUGGGAAUUUCAAGUUGGUCCAUCCGUGGGAAUUUCAGCUGCAGAUGAAUUGUGGAUCGCCCGUUACAUUUUGGAGAGGAUAACGGAGAUAGCUGGAGUGGUCCUUUCCUUCGACCCCAAGCCUAUUCAGGGUGAUUGGAAUGGAGCAGGUGCUCACACUAACUACAGUACCAAGUCCACGAGAAGCGAUGGAGGAUAUGAGGUCAUUAAGAAAGCAAUUGAGAAGCUUGGACGGAGGCACAUGGAGCACAUUGCGGCAUAUGGUGAAGGCAAUGAGCGCCGUCUCACUGGCCGUCACGAGACAGCUGAUAUCAACACUUUCAAAUGGGGAGUUGCUGACCGUGGUGCAUCCAUUCGAGUUGGCCGAGACACGGAGAAAGCUGGAAAAGGCUAUUUUGAGGACAGAAGGCCUGCUUCCAACAUGGACCCGUAUGUGGUCACUUCCAUGAUUGCGGAGACCACCAUCCUGUGGAAGCCAUGAGUUCGCAGCUUCUCGUCCUCAAGAGAUUGUGCUUUCUUGCAGAUUUGAUACCAAGGAAAGAUUUUGUGUACCAACUGGAAUGCUUGCAUUCGUUUUCCUCCUAUUAUAGGUUUACUCAGUUACUGAUGUUCGCCCCUUGUACUGAGGUGGUCAGGGGAACUCAAUGCUUUCACUUGCGAAGAUGAGCCGGUCUGUUUCUUCGAAUAAUGGCAGAUCGCCAAUUUGAAUUGCUA